AUGGCGUCCGAAGCUGCGGGAUCAGAGGGUACGAAGCCUGCGGAAGGGAACAAAGUGGUUGUGGUGGGGAUGGACGAGAGCGAACAUAGCUACUACGCGCUGCAGUGGACGCUGGACCGCUUCUUCGCCGACCCCGACCAACGUCCCCCGCUCUUCUCCCUGGUGAUCGUCCAUGCCAAGCCUUCCCCCGCCUCCGUCGUUGGUCUCGCCGGCCCAGGUUUGCUUGCUUGCUUGCUUGCGUCCACUUAGCGCAGCCCGUCUCACUGCUUCCCAAGCCUUCCCUGAUUCGGAGUACCGCGAUCCGGUCGGAUGAACUCUCGGUCUAUUUUCGCUGCGCGCUCCCCCGGGAGUGUUGAUCUCAACGCGCGCUGGAGAAAUCUCUGCGGUGUUUAUCCUUGGCGCAUGGUACACUUUCUUCAUCCGGCGGUUCAUCUGUUCACCUGGCGGUUUUUCGAUUGCAGGAGCUGCAGAUGUUUUCCCAUUUGUCGAGUCGGAUCUUAGGAAGAUUGCUGCUAGGGUGGUCGAAAAGGCUAAGAAAAUCUGCCUUGAAAGAUCGGUACGGUAAACAUUUUAUCCUAUUUACUCGUGAGCUCUCCUCAUUCAUUGGCUGCAUUAUCGCCCCUCUGUUUCACUACAUCCAUUCGAUGAGCCAGGACCCCUCGAUCAAACAUUGUGUGUCAAGAAUUAUGCAAUUUCUAACUUUCUUAGCUUCUCAUCAUCUCUUUCAUUUGUUUUAUGGGUCUCACCACGCGGGGAAGAAAUAAGUUUAUACAUCAUCAUUUAUUAUUGGUCUAGUUUCUCUUUUUAGUUUUGAUUUUCUUCCCCUUUGGUCGGCUCAUUGGGGAUUAGCUUAAAAUGCUCAUUUAUCUCAGAUUCAUUCCCAGAAUGAGUACAUGACUCAUCCGAUCAUGUUUCAGUAGAGAAGGCCAUGAAUCUAGGGAGAAACUCAUUUUCAUUUGUCAUACAUGCAGGUGACCAAUGUGCUGCUUGAAGUGGUUGAAGGAGAUGCCAGAAAUGUUAUCUGCGAGUCUGUGGAUAAGCACCAGGCCGCCAUGCUGGUCAUGGGCAGCCAUGGUUAUGGAGCUAUUAAAAGGUCAGUUUUCAAUUUUUCUCAUGCCUACUCUCGCUGAAAUUUUGAACUAUAAAGAGCAUUAAAAAAUGGUUGGCAGGGAGAAAACUAUGUUAGGAAUUUGAGAACAUACUUAUACGUCUAAUGAUAUGCUACACACUUUUGCUAAUCUUAGCUCGUUGGAAAGAUUCUAAGAAGGGUUUCCCUGCCUUUGGGGAGGUCAUUCCAGAAUUUAGAUUUUCCAACAAGUGAAUGAGGAAAUUUACGAGAAAUUUCAGAUGUUCUCUAUUACUCUGGACUAGGAUUCGGUUCCUAGAGGUUGAAGUCGAAGUAGAUCGUUGUGGUGGGAAGUUGGAAGCGAGUGCUAGUGGUGAAACCUUAGCUCAGAAUAGCCUGGAAUAGUCAGUCAAAGGUAGCAAAUCAUCUCAGAGACCUUAGAUUUGAGUUUCUUAUUGACUGAAAUGGCCCACGGGCCGAGGAAAAAGAAAUUAUAAUUAGGCCUUCAUUAUUUACACAAAAAAAUUCUUGGUAUGACUGGUUUUAUCAUUAGCUGGGAGACGAAGUGUCGCACAUGUCAUCAGAAGGUUGACCUCAGUUUUCUUAUCACGUAGCAUGGUGAAUGGUCAUGGAUCAAUAAAAAAUACUAGUUUUGAUGCUCGAGUUCAGAGAAAACCAGGCAACCCAGCAGCCCAUUGAUUUCCCUCUAGGUUAUUACUGCUCUGGAACCUGGAAAGUUUUUCUUUUUUUAAGAUUAAUUUUUUAGAAAGAGGAAAGUUUUACCGUUGAGUGAGCGGUUUCUCACGCGGCUAUACGACCUUCCUUGCAGGGUUCUGUUGGGCAGUGUCAGUGACUACUGUGUGCAUCACGCCCACUGCAGUGUCAUGGUAGUGAAGAAGCCCAAGCACUGA